AUGUCCACCAUCACUCGACGAAGAGUUGCAGGGGCGUCAUCGUCUACAACUUCUCAAGAGAACGAUAGCUCAACAGGCCAAUCCAGCCCUGGUGUACGAUCGCCAUUUGAUGAGACGAACGAGAAGAAAAUUGCAUACGACCCCAACGAUGUGGACGAAACGACGAAUACACCACGGCUGACGCUUAUGGAAGAGGUGUUGCUACUUGGUCUUAAAGAUCGACAGGGGUAUCUAUCAUUUUGGAACGACAGCAUCAGUUAUGCAUUGCGUGGAUGUAUUGUGAUGGAGCUUGCUUUUCGUGGCCGUAUUGCUAUGGUGAAAGAUUCCAACAGGCGCAAAUACCCAUUGUGCGAUCGCUAUAUUGAGGUGAUCAAUGACAAACUGACAGGCGAGGUCUUGCUGGACGAGGCGCUCAAGAUGAUGAAGCUUAGUGAGAAAAUGAGCGUGGCAAGCUGGAUUGAUCUUAUGAGUGGAGAAACAUGGAAUGUGAUGAAGAUUGGAUAUCAGCUCAAACAAGUACGAGAACGACUAGCAAAAGGAUUGGUGGACAAGGGUGUAUUACGAACCGAAAAGAGGAACUUUUUAUUAUUCGAUAUGGCAACCCAUCCUGUCGCUGAUACAUCGUGCAAAGAAGAUAUCAUCAAGCGUGUAUGCACCUUGCUCGUCACCCGUGUUACCCCAUCUGCCGUUGAUGCCGCUACUCCAGUUCCCCACACAUACCUUCGUUCCGUCAGCAUGAUUUGCGCAGCUUACGCCGCCAACGUAUUGGAAAACGCAUUGCUUUAUCUACAACCUGAUUUACGAGAACAAGCAUUCAACAGGGUCGAUGAGCUCAUGAAUGAUCUUUCAGCAUGGCCAUUUGAAGGUGUGGGCGCCAAACUUGAUAUACCCACUGGCAGCGAGCUAUCGCUGGAAGUCGUUGCUGCCGUACUUAACGUGCUUACGAAGAUGGAUGCUAUAGCCGACGCUACCGUUACUAUCCGCACCCGCAAGUUCCUUACGAACCGCUUGCUCCAACGCAAGCAAAUGGUUGUGGAUGUCAUUCACCCUGCCCGUCCCAGCAUCUCCAAGGAUGAGCUCCGUGAGAAGCUCGCAAAGAUGUACAAGGCCAACAAGGAAGUCAUUUCCGUCUUCGGUUUCAAGACCCACUUUGGUGGUGGAAAGACCACUGGCUUCGCUCUUAUCUACGACAACGUUGAGGCUUUGAAGAAGUUCGAGCCCAAGUACCGUCUUGUUCGCAUUGGUUUGGCCGAAGCUCCCAAGGGUGGCCGCAAGCAACGCAAGGAAAAGAAGAACCGUGCCAAGAAGUUCCGUGGUACCAAGAAGGCCAAGGCUGCUUCUGGCAAGAAAUAA